GUCGGCUUAAUUUCCUAACUCUUACACGGGUACAGUACACCUCUUUGCUUUUCCUUAACGUCCCCCAUCACCACCGCGUUUACCUGUCGAUUGUUCAACUAAAACGUCAAACACCGAGACGGCUUCAUCGCUAAUCUUCUAGAUUUCGUCACUUCGGUUCCUUCUAGUCUAAAAUCCGAAUCUAAUAAAAUAUAAGUCCUCCUCUUUCUCUGCUCCUCUUCCUGUCUUUCACCGCCACGCUUCCCCUUUUCCUCCUCUCUUUCCAUCAACAUUCUCUUCUUGCUUUAAAUACCGCUUUUUUCUUAUUCUGCACAUGCUUUCUGCGCCAUUUCUCUUCCUCUAGAAUUAUCCAUCUCUGCUAUUUUCAUCUCCAAUGGCGAUUCUCGACACGCCGGAGAAUGUCACUGCCUCCACCGAGACUUCCACUUCAACCGCCACUCCUGGAAUCUCUCAGUCCUCCUCGGAUCUUAAUCUCUCCCUUCGACGGAGGCGAAGCUCCUCCAACUCGGCGGGAGCUGCCGCUGAAUUGUCUUCGAAGAUUGAUCAGCUGGAAUCUGAUGUUGGAGGCGACAUGAUGAUGGAUCCAGAACCUAUGGAGGAAUCGGAUGCUUUGAGAAGUAAUGGAAAAGGUUAUGGCCACGACAAGGAUAGAGUUGAAAAUCGUGAGAAUCGUGGGCGGUCGGAUAUUAAAUUUACGUAUCGGCCAUCAGUGCCGGCUCAUCGGGUGCUCAAGGAGAGUCCACUUAGCUCUGAUUUAAUAUUUAAACAAAGUCAUGCAGGUCUCUUUAACCUCUGCAUAGUAGUGCUUGUUGCUGUUAACAGCAGGCUCAUCAUCGAAAAUAUAAUGAAGUAUGGUUGGUUAAUUAAGACUGGGUUUUGGUUUAGUUCAAGGUCCUUGAGAGAUUGGCCCCUUCUUAUGUGCUGUCUUACUCUUCCAAUUCUCUCUCUUGCUGCCUAUCUAGUGGAGAAGUUGGCGUAUCGAAAAUAUAUAUCUGAACCAAUUGUUGUUUUCUUUCACGUGCUCAUCACCUCAGCAGCAGUUCUAUACCCUGUUUCUGUGAUCCUCAGUUGUGAAUCUGCUGUUUUAUCUGGUGUCACAUUGAUGCUCUUUGCUUGUAUUGUGUGGUUGAAAUUGGUAUCUUAUGCACAUACAAACUAUGAUAUGAGAGCUCUUGCCAAUUCAGUUGAUAAGGGGGAUACACUACCCAAUACUCUGAAUGCAGUUUAUUCUCAUGAUGUUAGCUUCAAGAGUUUGGUUUACUUCAUGGUUGCUCCCACAUUAUGUUACCAGCCAAGUUAUCCUCGCACAGCUUCUAUUCGGAAGGGUUGGGUGGUUCGUCAAUUUGUCAAGUUAAUAAUUUUUACAGGAUUUAUGGGAUUCAUCAUAGAACAAUAUAUCAAUCCUAUUGUCCAGAAUUCACAACAUCCUCUAAAAGGGGACCUCUUAUAUGCCAUUGAGAGAGUUUUGAAGCUUUCAGUUCCAAAUUUAUAUGUGUGGCUCUGCAUGUUCUACUGCUUUUUUCACCUAUGGUUAAAUAUACUUGCCGAGCUCCUUCGCUUUGGUGAUCGAGAGUUCUAUAAAGAUUGGUGGAAUGCAAGAACAGUCGAUGAGUAUUGGAGAAUGUGGAAUAUGCCUGUUCAUAAGUGGAUGGUUCGUCAUAUCUACUUUCCCUGCUUACGGCAUAAAGUACCAAAGGGCAUAGCCAUAAUUAUUGUGUUUUUCGUUUCAGCUGUAUUUCACGAGUUGUGCAUUGCCGUUCCCUGCCACAUGUUCAAGCUCUGGGCUUUUAUUGGAAUAAUGUUUCAGAUUCCUUUGGUCGUGAUAACAAGUUAUCUCCAAAACAAGUUCAGAAGUUCAAUGGUGGGAAAUAUGAUCUUCUGGUUCAUUUUCUGCAUACUUGGUCAACCUAUGUGUGUGCUAUUGUAUUACCAUGACCUGAUGAAUCGGAAAGGUAGCACUGAAUCAAUAUGAAACUGACUCAUUGUGCGUGUGGAAGAUAUCAAUUUUUCCGGGGUUGGUCACUUCAACAUAUUUUGCAGAGACUUGACUGCCAUACUGAUGUCAUCAUGAUCCUUUGAUACAGCCAUAGAGGAGAUUGAUUGCUAAUGCAAUUAAUGUAGAAGCAUAUUUUGGAAGUAUAAUCUCUCUCAUGGACUGGUGUCUUAUAUUCAAAGACUGUUAAAUAUUAGUGGAAAAUUGUAAAUGUGUAAAUGUUCUGCCCUUCUGUAUGUUUUUUUCCUGAUAUCAUAUGUUAAGAGAUUUUGUCAAAAGAGCUAAUAUGUUAGACAAUCCUGCUGAAUGUCAUCAAUUUUUCUCAAAAGAUUGCUGCC